AUGUUCCACUUUGCUCAGCGCUGCGCCGGCCGUGGUAAGCACCGUCGACACUUCUCACAACGGCGCCAGAACAGAGGAUCGAAUGAUAUUGAAAAUCCCUCAGCCAGUAUAUUUCCUGGCAACUGGAAGAUUCCAGCCGCCAUUGGCUUUGCGCUUAUCGGUUUUCUGCAGUGGCAGCAUCUAAACCACCCGUCGGAUGAGGAACGCAAGAAGCGUCCAGCAUCGGCGUUGCGUCGACUUCCCGGCGAAAAUACAGCGUUUGAGAAAACUAUGGCUACGGAGCGCCAGAUGCAGUCACUUAAGCUGUUUCCAAGCCGAGCCGUCAGCCGCCUCUGGGGGCAGGUGCACGACAAAGAAUUGCCACGGUGGAUGCGCAAGCCCGUUUACAAGGCUUGGACUGCUGUAUUCAAGUGCAAUUUAGACGAGAUGAAAUACCCACUUGACGACUACGCAAAUCUGAGCGAAUUCUUUUCGCGCCCAUUAAAGUCGAACGCUCGGUCUUUUGACUUUGCUGUCAAUCAUCUGGCCAGCCCCAUAGAUGCCCCUGGCGACUAUCAUCGCAUCCAUGCACCAACCGACUGGCAGGUAAAAGAGCGGCGUCACUUUCCUGGAAACCUCUUUCCUGUCAAUCAUAUUGCUGCUCGGCUGAUCCCGAGUCUCUUUGUCGAAAAUGAGCGCGUCGCACUGUUGGGUGAAUGGAAACACGGUUUCUUUUCCCUCACUGCCGUCGGUGCUUUAAAUGUGGGCUCUAUCACUCUCGCGAUGGAGCCGAAUUUCGGAACAAACACUGCUGUGCAUGAUAAACAACUUGGCCACUGCUUUAAAAACGUUUACGGUGUCAAGAUGGACGCAAUGCGUGGUGAGGAGAUGGCACAAUUUAAGUUGGGGUCUACUGUCGUGCUGGUCUUUGAGGCUCCGAAGUCUUUUCAAUUUACAGUCAAACUGGGUGACAGGGUGACUCUGGGAAACUGCAUUGGUGAAGUGGAUUAA